AUGAUUACAACUGUUGUAACAUUACAUGUGAUGGUUGCAUCCACUGAGACUCUACCAAUACGAGUUGCUGCAUUUGCCGAAUCUGUGUCAACGACUCUUGCUCCUUCUGGAAUUGCAGCAGCAGCUGCUAGACAACCUUCUUCAAUUGCUGAAGCUCUAACUACAUCAUUGACAGCUUGGUCUGCUGAAACUAAACUGAUCGUGAAGUCUCAUGAGCUAAAAAAGGAACUUGUUGAGACUCAAUCGGCAGCUAGUAAACCUGCUGGACAUGUGUCGAUGAGUUUUGUUGAGCUGGAUCUGUGGACUGUUUCAGUUGCUGGAACCGUAACUUCUUAUCGAUUGUUCGCUGAAUCAGUGAAAACUCCAUCAACGAUUGCUGGAGCUUUACCAGGAACGGUUUUAACUGCUGAGAUUGUGUUGUCCACUGAUCGGUCUGUUGAUACUCCACCAGUGAUGGCUAAUUCUAUUGGGACCACAAUGGAAACUGCUAAAAUGCCUCGAUCGACAGUUGAAACUGUUGUGAUUCAUGACCAUAAGCCCUAG